AUGAGCACACCCAACGAUACCAAGCAACCACCUGUCGUCUUGUGCAUUGGCAUGGCUGGUUCCGGCAAAACUACCUUUAUGCAGCGGAUCAUUGCACACCAACAUGCGAAAAAGACACCACCUUAUGUACUCAAUCUCGAUCCUGCCGUGGGUACACUUCCAUUCACAGCCAACAUUGAUAUUCGAGACACUGUCAACUACAAGGAGGUCAUGAAACAAUAUCAACUCGGUCCCAAUGGUGGUAUCUUGACGAGCUUGAACUUGUUUACUACAAAGUUUGAUCAAGUGCUAAACUUGGUUGCCAAGCGUGCCGAGAAUGUCAGUAAUAUUUUUGUCGAUACACCUGGUCAGAUUGAGAUCUUUACAUGGUCAGCUUCUGGUGCCAUCAUCACCGAUACGCUUGCAGCUACUUAUCCCACCGUCGUUGCUUACAUCAUUGACACACCACGUACGACUGCACCUGCCACUUUUAUGAGCAACAUGUUGUAUGCAUGCAGUAUUCUCUACAAGACCAAACUACCCUUCAUUCUCGUGUUCAACAAGACCGAUGUUGUAUCGCAUGAAUUCGCUGUUGAAUGGAUGACCGAUUUUGAAAAGUUCCAGGAAGCUCUUUCACAAGAUACAAGCUAUAUGAGCAGUCUCAUGAAUUCAAUGAGCUUGGUACUGGAUGAGUUUUAUAACCAUCUCAAGGUGGUCGGUGUUUCAGCUGUCACGGGUCAAGGCAUUGAUGAUUUCUUCAAGGCAAUUGAUGAAGCUGCAGAUCAAUACGAGACUGAAUACAAACCUGAAAUUGAACGGCUGAUACGCGAAAAGAUGGAUCGAGAAGAAAAGAAUCGACAAGAUCAGUUGAACAAGUUGAUGAAGGAUAUGAACGUGUCAAAAGGAAAAGAGGUGGCAUUGGAUGCAGGCCAGCAGGAUGAGCGUUGGGAACAAGAGGAAGAUGAGGAUGAGGAAUAUGAUAGUGACGAGAAUCCUCUACCAUCCGCAUCGAAAUAUCCACCCUCCAUCGCGCAACAACAAAAAGAUGAGAAGUUCAAAGCAUGGUUAUCACAGCAAGAGUGA